AUGGAGAAGCAGCAGACGACAAUCCUGGAGGAAACCCUCCUCCAGAGGAGCCCGGAGUGGAAGCAGGAGGAGAGCUUGUCGAUAGGCGAAGAGGUGAAGAGGCAGCUGUGGCUGGCCGGGCCGCUCAUCGCCGGCAAUCUGCUGCAGAACCUUAUCCCGAUGAUCUCCGUCAUGCUCGUCGGCCACCUCGGCGAGCUGCCCCUCGCGGGCGCCUCCGUGGCCAACUCCUUCGCCACAGUCACCGGAUUCAGCCUAAUGCAGGGCAUGGCUACUGCUCUGGACACCUUGUGCGGUCAAGCAUACGGAGCCAGGCAAUACCAUCUGCUCGGCAUCUACAAGCAACGGGCAAUGCUUAUACUCACCCUGGUCAGCAUCCCGGUGGCCGUUCUGUGGUUCUAUACCGGCAGCGUCCUGCUCCUUGUCGGCCAGGACGAGGACAUUUCCAUGGAGGCUGGCACCUACGCCCGAUGGAUGAUCCCAGCGCUCUUCGCCUACGGCCUUCUGCAGUGCCAUGUCCGGUUCCUGCAGACGCAGAACAUCGUGCUCCCGGUGAUGCUGAGCGCUGCCCCGACGGCGCUCUUCCACCUCCCCGUCUGCUGGCUGCUGGUGCAUGGCCUCGGGCUAGGCAGCAAGGGCGCUGCUCUUAGCAACGCCAUCUCCUUCUGGAUCAACGUGGUCAUUCUGGCCGUGUACGUGAGGGUGUCGAGCACUUGCAACAAGACAUGGACGGGAUUCUCCGUGGAAGCUUUCCAUGACCUGCUUAGCUUCUUCAGACUCGCCGUACCAUCUGCUCUCAUGGUCUGCUUGGAAUGGUGGUCAUACGAGGCCCUGGUGCUGUUGUCAGGGCUUCUUCCUAACCCCGAACUUGAAACGUCAGUCCUGUCGAUCACCCUCAACACGGCGACCUUAGUGUUCAUGAUACCCUCCGGUCUUGGAGCCGCCAUAAGCACCCGAGUUUCAAACGAGCUCGGAGCAGGCAGACCACAGGCCGCCCGCCUUGCCGUGCGCGCCGUUUUGAUGUUUGCCGCCUCGGAAGGCCUGAUCAUGAGCCUACUACUGGUCUCUGUGCGCCACAUCUGGGGUUAUACUUACAGCGACGAGGAGGAGGUCGUGGCAUACGUAGCCAAGAUGCUUCUGCUGAUUGCAGUUUCCAACUUCUUUGACGGAAUUCAGUCCGUUCUCUCAGGUGUGGCCAGAGGCUGUGGGUGGCAGAAGAUAGGUGCCUGCAUCAACCUCGGCGCAUUCUACGUCGUCGGCAUACCGGCUGCCUAUCUCCUAGCCUUCGUGCUGCGCGUUGGCGGAAUGGGCCUUUGGACGGGAAUUAUCUGUGGCAGCACGGUGCAGGUCUUGCUGCUCCUGGCCAUCACACUGCGCACCGACUGGCAGAAGGAGGCAACAAAGGCGAAAAACAGAGUCUUCUAUUCUGCCAUGCCAACAGAUCUCGCGACAUGA